UUUUUCGUAUGUGUCUCAAUAAACUAAAGAGGAAAAAUUUCAAACAGUUGUUGUUGUUCUGAAUUCUUCGUGUUGCAAUGACGAACUCAAUGGGUCCUCCACCUCCCAAAAACCCUAAUCUUCAACCACAGACCCUAACUCCAUCACCACCUCCUCCAAAUUCCGAUUCUCACUCAUCCCAAUCCACCGUCAUCGAUUCAUCACAACCCGAACCACCUCCACCCUCCGAUUCCACCGCCAGUUCAUCACAACCCGAACUUCCCCCACCGUCCGAUUCCACCACCAAUUCAUCAUUUCCCGAACCAUCGCCACCAUCCCAUUCCACCGCACUAUCCGAACCACCGCCACCACCACCGCUGUUCCAUUCCACUGAUACUCAAACCCCCAAACCCUCUCAAGGUACAGCAGUUCCGUAUAAGAUUCCGGCUUGGAGUUCCGCUCCUUGCCAUGAAUUCUACCUCGAGGUUCUCAAGGAUGGUUCCAUCAUCGACAAAUUUAACGUGCAUGAAAAAGGUGCAUAUAUGUUUGGGCGGUUGGAUCUUUGUGACUUUGUGCUUGAACAUCCAACUAUUUCUAGGUUUCAUGCUGUUAUGCAGUUUAAGAGAAGAGGAGAUGCAUAUCUCUAUGAUCUCGGGAGUACUCAUGGUACCUUUUUGAACAAAAAUCGGGUGGAGAAAAACACAUACACUGACUUGCGUGUUGGUGAUGUCAUUCGAUUUGGCCGGUCAACUCGGAUGUUCAUUUUUCAAGGACCGUCAGAAUUGAUGCCUCCUGAGGCUAAUAUAAAACUCAAGAGAGAAAUGAAAAUGCGGGAAGCAUUGCUAGAUAGGGAAACUUCGCUUCGACGAGCAAAGAUGGAAGCAUCUGCUGCUGAGGGUAUAUCGUGGGGUAUGGGGGAGGAUGCCAUUGAAGAAGAUGAGGAUGAUGUUGAAGAAAUAACGUGGCAGUCAUAUAAAGGCCAGCUUACAGAAAAACAGGAAAAAACCCGUGAGAAAAUAAUAAAAAGAAUGGAAAAGAUUUCUAACAUGAAGAAAGAAAUAAAUUCUAUACGAGUUAAAGACAUUUCUCAGGGUGGAUUAACUCAGGGUCAACAGACUCAAAUUGCUAGGAAUGAGCAAAGAAUGGCAGAGAUAAUGGAAGAACUUGAAAACUUGGAAGAAACACUGAAUGAUAGUAUUCGAGAAAGUUUAGGUGCACGUACAGGAAAGCUAUCUCAUGGGAAGAAGAAAGGUGCAGUGGAAGAUGAAGAAGAAUAUUUUAGUGACGAUGAUGAUGAAUUUUAUGACCGUACAAAGAAAAAACCCUCAAAAAAGAAGCCUGGUGAUAACCAGUCGAUCGAGACUGCGGAUACUCUUCUUGAUAAGAGAGAUACUAUCAUGAAAGAAAUAAAUGACAAGAAAGAGUUGCUUAUGACUGAGAAGAACAAAGUGUUAUCAGAGACAGAGAGUACCACACAGGAUGAUGUUGAUGAUUCACUUGAUGCUUACAUGUCUGGACUUUCAUCUCAACUAGUUUAUGAUAAAAGUGCGCAGCUUGAGAAGGAAUUAUCAACUCUUCAGUCUGAGCUAGAUAGGAUAUCCUACCUCUUGAAGAUUGCUGACCCAACAGGAGAUGCUUCUAAGAAAAGGGAGUUGAAAGCACAAGAUCCUAAACCAGUAAACCCUGAAGAAAUCGCCUCUACUAUCAAGAGGGAACUGCCGGCAGAAGCCCAGAAAAACAGCGAGCUUUGUGCUAAGGCAGACGACAAUAAACGACUUGUGGAAACCAAGAAAACUAGUGAUGCUUGUGUUAAGGAAAAUGAUAAUAAACCACAUGCGGAAACCCAGAAAGUUAUAGAUGCUUGUGUUAAGGAAGAUGGCUCUAUAAAAGGAGAGGAACCUGCCGCUACAGUUGUGGCUUUGGAAAAGUCACAACCUGGCCAUGACAGGUCGGAUAAUGAGAAUGCUGUAUUUGUUGUCCCAAAGCCCCAGUGGCUUGGAGCUGUAGAGGACAGGGUUCCAGAUGAUAAGCAACAGCCGACGAUCUCUCUUCAUCCGCCGGAGAUGGACGGAUCCGAUCAGUUUGUUGACUAUAAGGACAGGAACAAAAUUUUGGGCGGUGAUGAUGAUAACAGCACUUCAUUGGAGUCUAGAAUUGAGUCUGCUGCUCCCGGAUUAAUUUUAAGAAAACGGAAGCAAGUCGAGACAAUUGGAACAAGCAGUAGUGAUGCCUCUCAGCAAUCAACAUCUUCCACCUCAGGUGAACAAAUGGCUGAGGAUGCCGUGGCUCUAUUAUUAAAGUACAAAAGGGGACUAUAUGCUGCUGAUGACAAUGAUGGAAGAGAUGAAAGCCAAGAGAAGAGGCCUAAAAGAGUACUUCGGCCUGAAAAACCAUCGUUUUUAUGUGAUGAGACCGAUAAUGCAACAUGGGUUCCUCCUAAAGGACAAUCCGGCGAUGGACGAACUUCCUUGAAUGAUAAAUAUGGCUACUGAGGUACGAUGAGGUGCAUUGUUCAACAGAAGUGUUCAGGCUGCUUAUUUACAUAUGAAUGUAUCAAUGAAGGAUCGGGAUGAACCUGCUCAGCAUCGACUCACUUUCAGGGAGUUGGAUCAUGCAUGACUUUCAGUGACCUUCCUUUGUUAAGCUGAACUGCAAUGAUAAAGUUUGUUGGUGAAAGGACUACUGUUAGUAUAACAGAGACACGGAAAGGGUGAAACGACUGCAGUAAUGAAGUAAUGUUGCUGAUUUAGAUUUAUUGAUUCUUGAUGACAUGACUCCCUCGUGUACAGCCACAUGAUCUGAGUAGGAGUUGGUUUUGUUUCUGAGAAGUUCUGAAUGAAGUGUGACCUGACCUAUGACCACCAAAAGAUUAGCCCAAAAACAUAGUCAGGCUGUUAGAAAUCUAAAACUGCAUUGAUUAUGCAGAAAAAUCCUUAACCGAUUUCUUCUGAUUUUUAUUUUAUGUAUUUUCUGUUUGGAUACAGUGUAAAAUCUAUUUAUAGAUUUUUCAGGACUAACUAAUUCUGUUAGUCAGUCCCUAGAAUCUAUGGAUCAGUUGCCUUGCUUGCUGCUGUCCUUUGGAAACCUAUUUAAGCUCGAGAAACAUUUUUUUCCUUUUGGAUAGGCUUUACUAAGAAAUUUUAACAGA